AUGGAUUCGAUGGCGACGGAGACGUACAUUACACCGGAGAAAGUCUCCGGCGAAGACGAAACCCACCUCUUCGCCAUGCAGCUCGUGAGCGCUUCUGUGUUACCGAUGGCUCUGAAAUCGGCCAUUGAGCUCGACUUGCUCGAGACCAUGGCCAAGAACGUCGGUUUCUCCGGCCAAAUGUCCCCUUCGGACAUAGCUUCCCAUCUUCCGACAAAGAACCCUGACGCUCCCGUCAUGCUCGACCGCAUUCUCCGUCUUCUCGCCGCGUAUUCCGUGCUUACCUGCUCCGUCCGCACACUUCCCGACAAUGGCGGCAUCGAGAGGGUGUACGGGCUUGGUCCUGUCUGCAAGUACUUGAUCAAGAACGAAGAUGGUGUCUCCAUUGCUGCUAUCUCUCUUUUGGACCAAGACAGGGUCCUCAUGGAGUGCUGGUACAAUUUAAAAGACGCGGUGCUUGAAGGUGGAGUACCGUUCGAUAGGGCACAUGGCAAGGCCAUAUUCGAGUAUUCAGAGACGGACCAAAGAUUCAGCGACGUAUUCAACAGGGCAAUGUUAAACGCAUCCUCCAUCACCAUGAAGAAGAUCCUAGAAACAUACGAGGGGUUCGAGGGAUUAUCCUCACUCGUCGACGUAGGCGGUGGCAUUGGAGCCAUCGCCAACAUGAUUGUAUCCAAAUACCCCGACAUUAAAGCCACCAACUUUGAUCUCCCACACGUCGUCCAAGUUGCUCCAUCUUAUCCUGGUGUAUCCCAUGUUGGAGGAGAUAUGUUCGUCACUGUUCCCAAAGGAGAUGCCAUCUUCAUGAAGUGGAUAUGCCACGAUUGGAACGAUGAACAAUGCCUAAAACUGUUAAAGAACUGCGGUGAGGCGCUUCCGGAUAACGGGAAAGUGAUAGUGGCGGAGUGGAUACUCCCGACAGUGCCAGACUCGAGCCUCUCGGCCAAAAUAGUAAGCCACACGGAUAUAAUCAUUUUGGAUGUAUCCACCGGAAAAGAAAGAACAGAGGAUGAGUUCGAGGCGUUGGCCAAAGGAGCCGGGUUCAGAGGGUUCCAAGUCGUUUGUAAUGUCUUUGGCACUUACAUCAUGGAGUUCCUCAAGUAGAUUUGAUGUCCCAAAGCUAUGUUUUUUUUCCAUUUUGGA